CUGUAAAAAAAAAUAACAGCAAUACAGGAACGGACGAAACAAUAAAUUAAAUUAGUAGUGCCCAUUUUUUAAUCAAUUAAUGUUGCUCUAUUUGUGUUCAUAUUUUUUUUAAGUUACGAGUGUUCAACUAUUCAAUUUUUCUUUAUACCAAGAAAAUAAAAUAAAUAAAAUAAUAAAAUAAAUAAAAAUGCGACAAAGAUAAUAUGAAUGUCAAAAUUAUAGUAUACCUCGACUAUGAUUUUGACAUUCAUAUUAUCUUUGUCGCAUUUUUAGACCGCAAAUUUUUAUCUUUCAUUGAGUGUUGUUAUUAUUUCUCCAAAAUAAAUGUUUUUUUUCUCCCCACAUCAUGUGACUGACAAAAUAAUAUGACUUCACUGAAUCCUGACUGACGUCAAUGUUAAUUAAAUUUUUUGUGGCAAUGCCAAACAACCAAGAAGAAAUUGAGACAUCCCAUGUUAAAAAUUUGCCGUAUACAGAAUAUCAAAAUGCAUUAAAAUUUAAUAGGGAGCAAUGUGAAAUUAUUGCUAAAUUGGCUAAUAUGAAAAUAUCAUUUGAUGAUACUAAUAAACCUGGAGAACUGUUAAUGAAAAUGUUAUACAGAGGUGGAUGUACUGUGCAAAAGUUCAGAAAGUUAAAACAAGCUGCAUUGAGUAUUAGGCCGAUUGCAAUCUACUACAGACCUCAUUCAAAAGUUGCCAUACUUAUAGCGAAUGACAAAUACACACACUUAGCAAAACUGGCCACACCAUCUAUAGAUUGUGAUUCAUUGUCUUCAAACCUGAAGAAUUUAGGGUUUAUAGUUGUGACAAUAAAAAACACAGCCAGCUGUGAUUUGAGAGAAAUAUUGUCAAAAAUAUUUAGUUGCAUCCCGGAAGAUUCAUAUUGUUUCAUUUUCUAUGCUGGACAUGGUUGUGAGUUAGUAAACACUAAGUGCAUGCUGGGUAUAGACUGUCCCACAGAAGACAUACAGUUGGAACACUGUAUUACUGAGAAUUUUGUUCUAGAACAAGUUAACAAAUGCAAACCUGAUCUUUGUAUUUUAAUUAUGGAUAUGUGUAGGAUAAAUUUAGAUAGGAAUACAAAUCCACAAAUCUAUACAUCCAUAUCUACAGUAGAAUCCUACAAUGUUCACAAAAAUCUAUUAAUAGGGUACUCCACUCAGUCUGCACAAGCAGCCUAUGAAGUGUUGCAGAUAGAAUGCUCUACCACUAUUGAUGAAACUUACGAGUUGAAGGCAGGUGAUUCAGCAAGAAUUGUUCCCGGUGGAAGUCAGUAUGUGAAUGCCCUAUGUACAAGGUUAGGGGAGAAUCUUGAUAUAAACAGCUUACUGGAUACAGUACAUGGAGAUGUUGAGCUAUCGAUCAAGAAGCAAAGACCAAUAAAAGUCCAAUGGGGUGUUGAGAAAAGAUCUUUAUAUGAUCCGACAACAGGUGAUGAAGUUAGUCUUCUAAAUGUACUAAAAGAAUUUUUAAGUAAUUACAAAGAUUACUGUCAUGCCUUUUAAAGUACAUACAAAGUUUAUUUAUUUGUUGUUAAGCUAUGUGCAUAAUAAAAUUUUAUGUACAGACAUUCACUAUUUUUACUAGAGGUGAUAUAUUAAGUAAUGUGAUUAUAAU